AUGGUGAUCAUCAAUGGACGACGAAGCCCUAUCAGCUUCACUACAGCCAUGUUAUCACUAUCAAUGAUGACGAUGAUGAUGAUGACGACUAUGGUGAAAGAGUGUGAUGGGUGGAUGACGCCAUGCAACGGCAGCACCACGGUGGAGUGCAUCCAUGUUGUUGAGUUCGACGAAGAGAUCGAGUUUCAGAUGGAUACAGAAAUAAAUAGGUGGAUUAUGGGGGAGGCAGAAAAAACCGGUGGCCAUAUCACUUAUAAAGGUAUGAAUCAAGGUAAGGCCGUUGACGGCAAGGGAUCAAAGUCUUACAAUGCCGGUAAGAAAAAGGGAUGCAAAGGAGACCCUAUUUACUGUCAAGAUAAAGGUAGCCGUAAGGAUUUAAAUGUUUAG